CCGAAAAGGUAAGAGUCACCAGCACAUCAAGUUGAAGGUAGAGUCCUCUGCUACUGUCAGGAGAGUAAAGAAGAUGAUUGAGGCAAUAGAAGGUACCCCACGUCACCUACAACGACUUAGUCUAGAUGGAGUUUGUCUGGAGAAUAGGAGGAGAAUGGGGUACUACCACACGCUCAUCUCCAGCAAGUGCAGGUUGGUCCUCAGGAGCCAGCCACAGUACCAGGUGUUCCUCAGAACUCUGUCAGGGAAGACCCUAGCACUUGGAGUGAGGGGUGGGGACACAGUGAAGCACAUGAAGUCAGUCGUCUAUGAGAAAGAAGGGAUCCCACCAGACCAGGUGAAGGUGUUUUCAGGUGGGAGGGUGCUGAGAGAUGAGAAGAGGCUGAGGGAUUGUGGUCUUCAUAGUGGGAGUACUGUUGACCUCUCUCUGGGGCUCUUGGGAGGAAUGUUCCAGAUAUUUGUGAAGACUCAGAGAGGCAAGACCAUUCUCACUUUGGGAGUGUAUUCUGCCCGAUAUAUGUCCAUCGGUGAAAUAAAGUCUGAUAUCGAAAAAGAGACGGGACUGCCAAAAACACAGCAACAACUUCUGUUCAAUGGUCGGCACUUGGAUGAUAGAAAGACUCUCAGUGACUAUAGUGUUUUAAAUGAGGAUACUCUUCAAUUGAUCUGGCCGGUAAGGAGAGGCAUGGGCAUAUUUAUAAAGAUGAAAGGUCUAGCUCUAACGCUAGAAGUGGAAGCUGGUGAUACUAUCGAGAUGGUGAAAGCUAGAAUUUGGAACAAAAUCAAAAUGCCCCAAGACCAUCAACAACUUUUAUUUAAUGGCCAGCAGCUGGAGAAUAGACAGACACUAAGUGACUAUCAUAUUCAGCACGAGGACACCCUACAGCUAGUCUGGCUGGUAGAGAAAGACAUGGGGAUAUUCUUAAAGACUGAAACAGGUGAAAUGAUCCUACUGGAAGUGGACGCCAGUGAUACAAUAGAGAGCGUGAAAGCUCAAAUUCAACUCUUUGACAAAAUUCCACCAGACCAACAACUGCUAUUGUUCAAACAUUGGGUACUUGAAGAUAGUCGAACUCUGAGUGACUAUAACAUUCAAAAGGAGUCCAUCCUUCUGAUACUUAUAUAUAGGGCCAGAAAAAGUGCCUAUAAUUUAGUGGCAAAGACAUUAACAGGUAAGCCCUAUGUUCUAGAAGUUCAGCCUAGUGAUACUAUAUGGAGUGUGAAGGCUAAAAAUGAAGACAUAAUUGGAGUACCACCAGACCAAAUGCGAUUUAUAUUUCAUGGUAAGCAAAUGGAUAAUGAAUGGACCGUAAAACAAUGUAUUCCGAUGAAUUCUGUUAUUCAUGUGGUUUUACGGUUGAGAGGGGGAGGAGAUGGAGGGAGUGUAAGAGUUAUAACUCCAACAGAUUGCAUCUUUCCAUCAGUGAAAAUGGAUUCUACUAUUGGUGAAUUGAAGGUUGAAAUUCAAGACUUAGGAGGAAUACCACCAUCACAACAGCAACUCCUAUUCAACGAUAGGCAAUUACAAGAUGAACGGACCCUGAGUGACUAUAAUAUUGGAUACCAAACUCUUCAACUGUUUUCACUGAGAGGAGGAUUCCCUGUCAUUAGAAGGGCUGAAAUAACUGCACAGACAAAGAUACAAGUCCUUCCAGAAGAGCCACUAACUUACGACUGGGAGGGACAUGGAUUCAAAAUCAACAUUCCAGCUGGUGCCCUCAGUAGCAGUGGUCCAGCGACUAUGUACAUCCAGGCCAGCCUCGGCGGAGACUAUCAGUUCCCAGCUGAUCAUGUGGCAGUCAGUGGCAUUACUGUCUCUCCCUUCAUCCUCCUGUGGAACACUUUAACAAGAAGGUCACCAUCAGGCUCCAACACUGCGCCCGUGUUGAGGCGGAAGAUGGUGACAGAGCACUCUCCUUCUUCACAGCCAAAGAAACACCGCCUCACAUCUUCCAACCGCUGCCAGGAGGCUCUUUCUCUGAGACUGGUGAGGCUACCAUCGAUGUUAGCCACUUCACUUUGUUUACAGUGCUUGGCUUGCGAAGAAGGCCACGUAAAUAUGCCAUUCACACUUACUACAUAUCCAAGCAACUCAAUAGAUAUGAAGCCCAUAUAACUGUCACACAGAAGAAAGAGCUGGUGAUGGAGAGGGUGAGACAGUUGUACUGCCAGGAACAAGGAGCUGAAAUAGGUCCACUAGUACCAAUGGUCAAGUUUGUGCCUGGCGAGAAACAAAUUAAACUGGACACUUCAGAUGCAACCUGGACCAAAGAUUCUUGGAGUCUGUGUCCUCUUUCCUCACCUUGCCUCACAAAAGAGGCACUGGAUGACUAUGGUGGAGGACUAGCAGUCCCAGCCUUUCAAAUUCAGCUGAAAAUGAUUCCUUCCCUUACACCAAUGGCUCUUGAGCAGAGAGUAGGAUUUGUAGGAGUCACGCCA